AUUAAUAUUUAUAAUUAUAAUAUAUGUACAUUAUUCAAUGGUCAUUAUUUAUUAAUUUUAUUAUUUUGCCAAGUCAUUUACGUCUCGUUUACAGUGUUCAACUACCCACGUUAACAUAAGUUCUAACAUUUCAGUUUUAUUGCGCUAUAUGGUAAUUCAUACAUUUUCAAAGUUAAGUAUAAAAAUACGUAUUGUAUAAUAUAUGUUUGAAUAAAUUAGUUUAUCCAAUAUCGGUACUGAAUACUAUAUAAUUGAAAAUUAAAAGUUUAAAAAUUAUGUUUCGUAAAUUGAUCUUGGCUCAAUCGAAAUUGUAUCUACAUCCUAACAUGGUACAGAAUUUUAAUGUGCUUCAUUUACAUGGCAAAAAGGACAUAAAACAAGAUGAACCCAAACAGAAACAACCAGUCUAUGAAUGUUUUUGUCCUCCAAUACAUUACAAAAUACUGACUAUGGAUGAUAUGCAAUUGCCAUAUGGUAAUUGGAAAGAACAAAAUGCAAAACGAAACAAAUCUUACAAUAAAAUUUUCUUGUUUGGUUUAGUUUCAUUGAUUGGUUCUAUAAUAGUUUUAAAAGAAUCUAUGUUUUUCAAUGCAUUUCCACCUCCUUAUCCCUUUGCUAAAGUCAGAGAAAAUAUAUUUGAAUGCGCUGAUGAUGAUGAAGACUGUGAAUUUGAAUGUGAAUGUGAAUGUUAA